AUGUAUUACGUUUUUGUUUCAAAAUCCCUAGAGUCAGAGGCAGAUGACGGUUUGAGAAAGGUGAAAGUAGAACUUCCUGGUACUUUAGGAAUAAUUGAACACACAAUUGAUCUUACUGGGCACGGUUCUACUGAUAAAACUGUGGCUGAUGUAAGUAAAUCUGUAUAUGGUAUAAGUAAAACUGUGUAAGAUGUAAGUAAAACUGUGUCAGAUGUAAGUAAAAUUGUGACAGAUCUAAGUAAAACUAUGUCCCAUGUAAGUAAAACUGUGACUGAUGUCAGUAAAAUUAUGUCUGCUGUAACUAAAAAUGAGUCUGAUGUAAGUAUAACGGGGUCGGAUGUAAGUAAAACUGUGUCUGAUGUGAUUAGGCCAUAAACAGUUCUCACGUUGAAACCAAAGUAAAAAAAAAACAAAAAAAAAAAAAAACGAAACAACCCAAAAAGAUUCAAGCAAUUCCCUUCGAUUGGAAAGUUUAAUAUCGAUAAUAGUUUAUUCGAGAACAUGACAACUCUGAGCGCAGACGUCGACUGAGUUUAUGACGAAAUACAUACACUUAAAACUCACAUUUAUUUCUCAGUUCUGUCUCUAAUUCUUUUUAUUCAUAGUUAAAUAUUUUUUUUAUGUUUUUUAAUCAUAUGUGAAGAUUUAAAACAUGACAUUCUUACUUAAAUGUCUGAUUAAUACAUAAUUUCCCAGGUAAAAUCCUCCAUUCUCAAUGGCCAUGGACAGCAUGAUCCUGGACAGUACGACAUGAUCUUUGAUGUGAACAACAGUCAGGUGAUCAUGGUAGAUGACCAUGACACGUUCGAAUACGCUGACCAUUUUGAAAAGGAAAAUGGAAUUAUCAAAUUCAGAUUACGGUAA